CUGCCUUUCGCUGGGAGAUAGGAUUCGCCGCUAACAAAGGCUGCACGGCCUUCUGGGAGUUGUAGUCUACGGUUGCACCGCCUAGAGGCUGGACGCUUGUUUUAACAUCCCGUACCCUGUGGUAGAUCCGCCGCUAGGGCCCUGAGAAGACCCGGCCCUCCACCCAUUGGUUCCUUUCUUCUUCUCCUCACCUGCCCAAACGCAUACUAAGUCUUCUGACCCGACACUCUCGGUGAUGAGGUACCUGGAUGCUUAUUCCACCCAGGAGCUCAUAGAGACUGCUUUCCGGCGCCCGCCAAGUGGGAGGUUGGAGCCGAUGCCUCUGAUAAAACAGUGUCCGAUUGUUUGCCUGCUCGCUCCCGGCCCAGGCGUGCUUGAAUGGGCUGAAAGGGGAUCGGAGCCCGUAGAGGAACGGACCCGCCGGGCUGAGUUCCAGCUGCUGACUUGGGGGAAGGGCGAUACCAAAAUCCCUUUUCCACAUUCGAGAAAGGCUUAAGAAAAUGCCUUCUCUGCCAAAUGUUUCCUCUCCUUUCUAGGAGCUUUCAUACCACACCCAACUUUCCACCUUUUGUUUUCAAAACGAAAUGUGCACCACUUGCAUGCCUGAUGUCUGUGGAGGCCAGAAGAGUGUCUCCUGGAACUAGAGUUACAGACGGUUGCAGGUCCUCUGCAAAAGCAACAAGUGCUCUUAACGCCAUCUCUCCAGUCCCAAGGUUUUCGUUGUUUAAGCUUUUCCGGAACACUGGCCCUGCUACCAGAGCCUCAGGACCCCCCAUGAGUGCUGGUAAAGUAAGUCCUGGAUAGUGAAGCCCUGGCUGGUCCAGGAGUGAGCACUCUACCAUGUCACCCAUCCUUCAGUGCCUGCAGCAGUCCACCACAAUGAUGAGCCGCAGGAAAAUCCUGUUAUUGGUGCUAGGGUGUAGCACCAUAAGCCUCCUCAUCCACCAGGGGUCACAGCUCAGUUGGUACCCUAAGCUGUUCCCUCUGAGCUGCCCGCCUCUGCGAGAAUCACCGCCCCGUGCCAAGCACACGGCCGUGGCCUUCCUGAAGACUCACAAGACAGCGGGUACCACGGUGCAGAACAUCCUGUUCCGCUUCGCAGAACGGCACAACCUCACCGUGGCCCUGCCUCACCCCAGCUGCGAGCACCAGUUCUGCUAUCCGCGAAACUUCUCGGCCCACUUCGUGCACCCGGCCACGCGGCCCCCGCACAUGCUGGCCAGCCACCUGCGCUUCGACCGCGCCGAGCUGGAGCGCCUCAUGCCUCCGGACACGGUCUACGUCACCAUCCUGCGCGAGCCCGCCGCCAUGUUCGAGUCGCUCUUCAGCUACUACAACCAGUACUGCCCGGCCUUCCGGCGCGUGCCCAACGCGUCUCUCGAGGCUUUCCUGCGCGCGCCCGAGGCCUACUACCGUCCCGGGGAGCACUUCGCCAUGUUUGCGCACAACACGCUGGCCUACGACCUGGGAGGCGACAAUGAGCGCAGCCCUCGCGACGACGCAGCCUACCUGGCGGGCCUCAUCCGCCAGGUGGAGGAGGUCUUCUCGCUCGUCAUGAUCGCAGAGUACUUCGACGAGUCCCUCGUGCUGCUGCGGCGCCUGCUGCCUACCACGGAGGCCUGCCUCAAGCUUGCUAUGCCUGAGGUGCAAUAUUCAAACUAUCUUUUGCGGAAGCAGAAGCGCCGAGGUGGUGUGCGGUCCAGGCCAGAACCAGUCCUGGACAAUCCUCCCCCUCGACCCAUCCGAGCGCUGCCCCGCAUCUCCCAGGGUACCUGAGUUCUGUCUGCCUCCCUGAACCCAGGUCUUGCUCCAUUAGGGCCCUUUUUUUCCCCCCACGGGCUUGAGCCCUGUGUCCAAAUGGAGGUGCAUCUGCAUCUGAGCCUGCCACCCCAGUAUUACCUGAACCCCAAUUUCUGGGAUGGCAUUGAUGAGCCACCCACUCCUUCCCAACUGGUUGGUGACUUUGACAAGAGAUCCAGGGACAUUCCAGUACUGCCCACCCUGCCUUUUUCUGGGGAAUGAGCACCCCGCCUAUCUUUUGGGGGAGCCGAGUCCCCACCUGUGUGAAGUGGAUGACCACAAGCCCUGGAGAGGGACCAAGUCCUGUGAAAACACCGUGCUUCCAGUUAGCAGCUGGGCUUUUGUUCUUCUGGGGGCUACAGAGGUCCCCUACUGUCUUCCAGGUUCUACCUUCCCUAUACAUCUAAGCUGCUCCCAGACACCCAGAACCAAGAGUUCUUGGGUUGGGCUUUUUGUUUGUUCUUCCUCCUCCUCCUCUUCUUUUUUUUCUUUUUUAAUAAAAUGACUCUAAAU